AUGAAUUACCGGGCGCAACGGAGUGCAGACACACUCUCGUCUGGCUCCGGUGGGACGCGAAUGCCGUUUUUGUCUAAGCUCCGCUCCGAGGCGUGCGGCGCUACGGUUUCCUGACGAAGUAACGCUUAAUUGUCAUGAAAUACCAAUUAAAAUAACGACUAAGCUGCGCCGGUGAUGUUCAUCUUUGUGAUUUUACAAAGUAGACGGACACCGGGAGACUGUGGAUAAAAAGUUUGGCCGCUGAGAAUGAGUGACAAUCCCCCGGCGGCGUCAUCAGCAUCCACACCGACUGUUUGUUUCCAGACUCGGAGCGUCGCGUCCAUGUCAGGGGUCGCAGCAUGUUUUGGAAAAUGUUGAGUGUCAGCAGCGACGGCAAAACAAUGCUCAGCAGAAGAUGGCUAGUGACGUUCAAGCCGUUCAGGAUAUUUGUGGUGGGAAUAGGCUUCUUCAGUCUGUGCUUUCUAAUGACUUCUCUAGGGGGGCAAUUCUCAGCCAAGAGACUGGAGGAUUCCCCCUUCACCAUUCAUACAGAAGUGCUAGGAGGUGUGGAGUCACGCGUGCUGAGGAAGAUCAGUGUCAUGCUGGAGGUGAUUCUGAAGAGAAUGCACAGCCUGGCCAAGCUCGACAACGCCACUAUUGCAGACAUGCGGCGCCUGGAUGAGCUCAGCUCCGCAAUCAACAAGUUGCAACCAGCCAACCUCAUGGAGAUGAUCCAGGCGAUUGCUCAGAAUGUCUCAAACAUGGCAAUCAGGGUGGAGCAGAUACUGCAAAACAGCAUCAUGCAAGGCAAAGUGCGAGAUGGGACAUCCACCCAGUGCGAUAUUCCCAAAGACCCCCGCUACCCAGAAUGUCCUGGAAAAGUGGAUUGGAUGCGAGCACGCUGGACCUCCGACCCUUGCUACGCCUUCUAUGGCGUUGAUGGUUCCGACUGCUCAUUCCUCAUCUAUUUGAGUGAAGUGGAGUGGUUCUGCCCCCCAGUGACCUGGAGGGACCACAGCAACCAGCCGACGCAGCAUGUUGACCAGGCAAAGGAACCCAAGAGACCGGCCGCCUUCCGCACAGACCUCUCCGUGUUACUCGACCAGAUUGGCACAGGGAAGGAGUCUCUUAGCUUCAUGAAGAAAAGAAUCCGUCAGCUUGCAAAGCAGUGGGCCACAGCUGCCCAGCGCCUCGAUUCUACGCUGGAGCACCGAUGGAGGGACCAGAAGAAGAUCCUAAUCCAUGUGGGGUUCCUAACAGAGGAGGCUGGAGAUGUUUUCAGCCCAAAGGUGCUUAAAGGAGGUCCCCUUGGAGAGAUGGUCCAGUGGGCCGACAUUCUCACUGCGCUCCAUGUUCUUGGACACAACCUCAAGAUCUCCAUGUCUGUCAAAGAUCUCCAGAACUUCCUCGGCGUGCCCCCCGGCAGAGGCAGCUGCCCAAUAACUGCCCCUCUGCCUUUUGACCUCAUCUAUACGGACUACCAUGGCCUGCGGCAGAUGAAGCAGCACAUGGGGCUCUCACUCAAGAAACACAAAUGUCACAUUCGUGUGAUCGACACAUUUGGGACAGAGCCAGCUUACAAUCAUGAGGAGUACGCCACUCUUCACGGCUACCGGACCGACUGGGGCUACUGGAACCUGAACGCCAGGCAGUACAUGACCAUGUUCCCUCACACGCCAGACAAUUCCUUCAUGGGCUUUGUGUUGGAGGAGCUGAAUGACACCGCAAAGAGGAGCAUCCAGCAGAACAAAGUCAAUAACAUGGCAGUGGUGUAUGGGAAGGAAACCAGCAUGUGGAAGGGUAAAGAAGGAUUCCUGCAGAUUCUCAACAAGUACAUGGAGGUCCAUGGUACGGUGUAUUAUGAGACCCAGAGGCCUCCUGAGGUCCCGGCCUUUGUGAAGAACCAUGGCGUGUUGCCCCAGCAAGAACUGCAGCAGCUGCUCCGCAAAGCAAAGCUCUUCAUCGGCUUUGGGUUUCCUUACGAAGGCCCCGCCCCAUUGGAAGCGAUAGCCAACGGGUGUGUUUUCCUGCAGCCAAAGUUUAACCCCCCUCACAGCUCGCUCAAUCACAAUUUCUUUAAAGGAAAGCCCACAUCCAGAGAGGUGUCCUCCCAGAAUCCGUACGCAGAGCAGUACAUUGGCAGUCCUCACGUAAUGACCGUGGACUACAACAACGCGGUGGAGUUUGAAGCCGCCAUCAAAAAGAUUAUUCGAACCAAGGUGGAGCCAUACCUGCCUCACGAGUACACGUGUGAGGGCAUGCUGGAGAGAGUGCACGCUUACAUACAACAUCAGGACUUCUGUGCCUCGCAGCCUUUCUUCAUCCCCGCCAACCUGACCAGACGAGGGUCUGCCAGCAGCUCUCCAGAACCCUUGUCUGUGUUCCUGCCCAAUUCCACAGCCAACAUAUCUGUUCCACCCGCCUGGCCCCCUCUCAGCGCCCUGCGGGUCCUGGUGUCGCAGGAGGGGGAGUCGUGUGUGGACGCUUGCAGAACCCACAACUUAAUCUGUGAACCUGCUCACUUUGCCUUCAUUAACAACAAGGAGGCACUCCUCAGGCUGGACGUGCAGUGCGAGGUCCUGGACUACGAGAUGAACCACGUCCUCCCGGCCUUCUCCGUGCUGCGUCGCGAGUGCGGACUCCAACGGGAGCCGCUGCUGUUCAGCUGCGCGGGACAGUCGCCCAAGUACCGCCGCCUUUGCCCCUGCAGGGACUUCCGGCGCGGGCAGGUGGCGCUGUGCGGGGGCUGCCUCUGACGCGGGGGGGGGGGGGGGCACGGUGUGACGGCACAAAGGGGCGAGGUAAUGAUGUGUGAGUGGUGGCCAUGAUGCACUAUGCAUGGAUUUAUGGAUUGACAGCGGGGCUGCCAUAGUGUUAUAACUACGACAGCUGCGCUGCGUUGCCAGAUGCAAAGCGGCGUGCAGCCUGCCCCCCGGAGGACACUCGGGGAGCGCAGGCUUCCAUUUUGGCAAGCGUUAGCGGGGAGAAGAGCCGGCGGUGUCAUUCUUUCAGACGUGCGGACGCAGGGGAGGCGAGCGCAGUUCAAUAUCCAAUCUCCUCUCGGCGCAUGCACAAAAGGGAAGACGGACAAGCGGGUUAUCGCCCUCCCGCUUCUCCCCUCCCCCGUUCCCCCCCAGUCUAUCGGCAGAGACAUUUAUCAGACCGAGUCGGAGGGCGACGUCGGUCAAUGCAAUCAUCGGUGGUCACAAAAGGCAGGAAGGAAGCGCACAAUAAAAGGCUGCAAAAUUAUUUUUCAACGAUGAAGCUCUCAGACGCUCAAGUGGAUUUUUUUUCAAAGUCCUUCGGGCUUCGUGACCAUAAAAAUAAAAAGAUC